UUAAUGACAGCUGUCUCCCCUCAGCAGAGAUAUGGUACCGUCUAAUUUAGUGAUUACGGCGUGCAACAACCUGCCCCGGCACAGAAUCAUCAUGGCGACGUGUGGUGGGCCGUGUAUGGACAAUGUUCUCCUCAUCACGGACUCCUACAAGGUGACCCAUCACAUGCAGUACCCACCUGAAACAACCACAAUAUUCUCCUACUUUGAAAGCCGAGGCGGAAAGUUUAAGGAGACCGUCUUCUUUGGCCUGCAGUACCUUAUAAAGAGAUGGCUGGUUGGGCAGGUCGUCACAAGGGAAAAGAUUGCAGAGGCCAAGGAUAUCUACAAGAAACACUUUGGACAGGAUGUCUUCAACGAGGAGGGGUGGAACUACAUCGUAGAGCACCAUGGUGGAAAGUUGCCGCUGCUCAUCAAAGCCGUGCCAGAGGGAACAGUCGUCCCAGUCAAGAACGUCCUCUUCACUGUGGAGAACACAGACCCAAAGUGUUUCUGGCUUACCAACUGGUUUGAAACGUUGCUGGUUCAGGUCUGGUACCCGAUGACUGUUGCCACAAACUCCAGAGAACAGAAGAAGAUCAUCGCCAGCUUCCUACAUGAGACAGCAGAUAACAUGGAUGGACUGCCGUUCAAGCUGCACGACUUCGGCUUCAGAGGAGUGUCAGCUGUUGAGGCGGCUGCUAUUGGUGGAGCAGCUCACCUCGUAAACUUCAUGGGGACAGACACGAUCGCAAGUCUCGUCAUGGCACGGAAGUACUAUGGGGCAGACAUGGCCGGAUUCUCCAUCCCAGCUGCAGAGCACAGUACAAUCACAGCUUGGGGAAAGAAUGGUGAGCUGGAGGCUUUCAAGAACAUGUUAUCAAGGUUUCCCAAAGGCCUGGUGGCAUGUGUGAGUGACAGCUAUGACAUCUGGAAUGCCUGUGAGAAUCUGUGGGGGAAGGAGCUGAAGAACAUGAUCGUUAAGAGGGGCGAGAGCAAUUCUACUCUAGUGGUCAGGCCGGACUCUGGAGAGCCUGCCGACGUGGUCGUUAAGGUACUAACUAUUCUUGGCAAAGCCUUUGGAACGCAGAAAAAUUCCAAAGGGUACAAGGUUCUUCCCCCAUAUCUACGUAUAAUCCAGGGCGAUGGUAUCAGCUAUGAGACACUUACUGGUAUUCUAGAGAGGAUGAAGAAACUGGAAUGGAGUGCAGACAACAUCGCCUUUGGCAGUGGAGGGGCACUGCUUCAGAAACUGAACAGGGACACCCAGAAAUGUGCUUUUAAGUGCAGCUUUGCAGUGGUGAAUGGGGAAGGGGUGGAUGUGUUCAAGCAGCCAAUCACAGAUCCAGGAAAGAAGUCCAAGAAGGGACGACUGACUUUGGAGCUUCAGAACGGGAAGUUUGUGACUGUACAGGAGGGACAGGGAGACCCAGAAAAGGACUUACUCAUACCGGUGUUCAAGGACGGACAGCUUCUGAAGGAUUACAGUUGGGAGGAGGUCCGAGGGCGAGCUGAGAUUCCCCUAGUACUGGAGCAGAAAAAGAAAAAGAAUGCUACGAAAUAGUAGCCAUGUGUUUCUGUAUGGGGCAUGUACAUGUACUUGUACGUAGAUAAAUGC